ACUCUUCGCGUCCUCCCGCUCUCACUCGGUCGGUAACCAAGCCGAGGCUUCCCUGCUUUUGCUAUGACAACAAAGAAACGAUCCCGGUACAUUCCCUGUUGUUUGGCCCCUGGUCACUAGGUAACAGCAACGCGAAUCCAAGAAAAACACCCGGAAAAGAUCCCCGAUUGUUCUUCUGUUCGUUUAAACGAAGAACACCAGAAGACGCUUCUUUACGCAUCAGAAUUCCUGAGCGACAAAUCCACUAAAAGACAUGACGACGCAUUCUCUUCCUUUUUUAGAGAACAGUCCUGGUCAAAAACUCCAGGUGGGAAAUGGAGUAAACAACAUUUUUGUGACACAGUCGCAGGACAGCAGAAGGGAAGAUGAUGCCAAUCACAUACCAGUUUUAAAAGUGCCUUCGAGCAGAGUCUUGGAGGCAGGAGUGACUACUUUGCAAAAGACCCUGGUUCUGAAGAAACAGGCAGAGCUGGAUGAGGUGGAGAAGCGACUUGCACUUAAACGGCUGGAUUUUAAAGCCUGCAUGGAGGCCCUUGCUCAGCGAAGGUCUGAACUUGAAAUAAAACUACAAGAGACUAAAGAAAAAGUAGGGAUAUUUGAGAAGUUCGUAGCUGAGAAUGAAGCAAAGCGACGCAGAGCGUUAAAGAGCUGUGAAGCUUCACGGGCGCAAAACAUUUUUAAAAAGCAGCAGAUAAAAGAUUUGACAGAACAGCUUAAAGGAUUCAGAGACAGGAGGCAAGUUUUAAAGGAGAGAGUGGCAAAAUACAAAAUCUAUGAGGAUUAUUUGAUAAAAACACGAGAUUAUCUCCCCAGCAAUUACCUCGAUGACGGGUCUGAAUCUCUAGUCAUGCCCAUCAUUCGGCGUCAUGAGACCUUAUCCAUCACACACCAGGAGCUGCUGCAACGUUUGCAACGUAUGGAGGCGGAGGUGGAGGAAGGCCAGCGGCAGCUGCAGGAUAUGAAGGAGGAACACAGCGUAAAGAAACUGAUGGCCAAUAAAGAGCUGUCUGAACUGCAGAGUGAGUUAGAGACCCUCAAAGAGAAGAACAAGCAGGCAGAGGUUAACUUGCAGAUGGAGCAAGACUUAUCCAGAGAGAAGGUGCCUUCCAGAUUAGCUGGAUGUGACCCUGCUCAUUUAUCUUGGGAACUUUGGAUCGAAAUAAUGUCAUGUGUGUCCUUCAUGUUUCAGGUUACAGAAGUGGGAAGACUGCUUAUGGCCAUCAGCAACCUUGCAGAACAGUGUUACCUACCAGAAUACAGACCGCUGGAAAAGAUGAACGCACUGACAAUGAUGGACAUGGUGAAAGAGUACAUUCUGGACAAGGUAGACACGGAGAGGAGAGCGAGGAGGAUGAUGGAGUUGGGGAGUUUGAUGACGAGCACAACCGCCGCGGCAAACAAAAGAGAGAGGGGGUCAAUGAGAAGCUUUGGAAGUAAAACACAAAUCAAAAGUUCAAGUAAAGUCAGCAGGAGUAGUGAGACAUUUGGUUGAUGUUGUAGUUUGAGUAUUCAUCACAGUGUUGUCUCUUAUGGUUUGUUGAGAGUGGAGGUUCGUUCUUGAGGUGGGGAGAAGCAUUUGCUACCACUUCGUAGCAAAUAAAGUGUUACCAAAACCUUGAGAAAAAAAAAGCUUGUAGGAGAACAUAAUGGUUUUUUUUUUCAUUAUUUGCCUUUAUAACAUUUGUUCAGUGUUUCAAAAAUCUGUGCACCAACCUUUGCACUUAAGACGUCAUAGACAAGGAAAUGAAAACGUAGCUGUUUGAAAUGAGAUCCUCAUGUUUAACAGGUCAUCCGAACUUGUAAAUUUGGAUUUGGGCACAUUGUAUUGUGAAUGUUGCUUUUAUUUAAAAAAAUAAAUAAAGUGGUCAUAAUCAAA